CAAAAGCAGUGUAAGUAUGUGCUGUUGGUGUGCAUCAUGGUAAUUGGCAUCGUGGCUGCUGUCUCAAUAGUAUGCCUGAAGCGUUCUAAAACUACAGCAUGUCCAAGUGACUUGAUCGGAGUAGGAAAAAAAUGUUUCUAUUUUUCUAAUGAUACUGGAGAUUGGGCAGCCAGUAAAAGGUUUUGCCAAUCACAAGGAUCAGAACUGGCUCGUGUUGAUACACAAACAGAUAUGGAAUUCUUGAAGAAGCACACAGGAACUGCCAUGCACUGGAUUGGUCUGAGCAGGAAACUGGGCGAGCCUUGGAAAUGGACAGAUGGCAGCACAUUCACUGACUGGUUUGAAAUUAGAGGGAAUGGAUCCUUUGCCUUCCUGAAUGCUGACGGAGUCCACAGUUCCAGAGGAUUGGUUGAUAUCAAGUGGAUUUGUAGCAAACCUAGAUAUUUGUAGAGCAGGGAGCUG